AGUACCUCUAGAGUAGGAACCAAACAGAUGGACUCACCACAAGUAGGCUGCCUGUGGAACAGCUUAGAGAGGUUGUUUUUGUCAAUGGUUGUGUUUGUCUGUCUGACCGCUGCACAGGGCCACCAGGAAGUCAAGCUGUUAUUCGGAGCCGGGGUUCUAACCGCCGCGUAUCAGCUGCACGACCGCAACCCUCUUUCCCCCUCUCUCGUCCCGCUUCAGUAUGUGUCGAGGAAGAGAUUGAGAGAGAAGCGGGUCUCCUUCUCUCCCACAUCUGCAGCUACUGCUCUGUAAAUCAAAAAAAAAAAAAAGUAUGAAAGGGGGGACGUGGACCGACUGCAGUCUCCCUUCUCGGAAAAAAACAAAGCAAAACAAAAACAAGUCUCCCCGGUGCCGAGGCAGUUGCGGCGAGACUUGGCCAGCCGCAGUUAUCGUUGGCCUGCGCACAUGAGGCAUGAAUGAAUUUGCAUCUGGGGGGAUAUUUAAGUUCAUCUGCUUCCUCUGGCGGACUUUCUCUGCCCCACAACUCUCAUCCCAAAUCUCUGUGCUGGCUCUCUUUUUGCCCGUUUGCUCCAAACCAUCUUCCUUUUUCUCUCAUUACUCAGUCGCCGUCACUCACUUUCGUCUGUCUGCCUCUCUCUCUCUCUUUCAGCUCAGUUUAGCUUCAUGUGCUUAAUUGGAAAAGCUUUACCCAAAAAGCUCUUGAUUUAGCUUUUUAAGAACGUUUUUUUUGUUUUUUAAUUUGACCGAGCAGUGGCAGGGGAGCUGUGGAGGAGUUGAGCAGCAGCGACCGUAAACAACCCCAGAGGUUUUUGGUAUUAAGAUCACAGACAUCACAACAGGGCCAAAGGUGAGUGUUUUUUUCCUCUAUUUAUUAUAUAUUUAUUUUUUCCAUUUCAGUUGUCGCUUUCACUUUUCUUCAUCUUUCUCUCGUUGAAGUGUCUCAAAAAAAUAGACUUUUGUUUUACUAACAAAACACACAUAAUAACUAUUUCAAUCAACCACAAUAAUCCUCAUCUCAAGCAUCAUUGAGGAAAAUGUGGAUUGGCUCCAUGACGGAUGUAAUUACAAAAGACGACCACUAGAGGGAGUCAGAGUGUUUCUCUCUGAGAUGCCUCUCAUCCUUUCACUCCUGGUGAGGUACCCAAGGCAGCACAAGAAAUAUAAAAAAAAAAAAAAAAUCAUAUUAGCAGGUGUACACAUGGAGCAUGUUGGAGUUGUAUUGAGUGAUUACCAUGUCUUUGGGGAGGACGCUGUUCUUGGAGAUGUCCGGUACUUUGAGAGGGGAUUAGACAGGUGGAGGGUUUGAUUCUGCUCCCCUGUGUUAAUUCACAACAGUCUCUCUCCUCUGCUAGUCCCCUCCUUCUUUUUUCUUUUUUUUACACUCUACCCCAUCGCCUCCCCUCACCGACUACUGAUAGGGCAGACAUGGAGUCAACAGAGGAGAGAAACUGCGAGAGGGAGGGAGGGAGAGAGAGAGAGAGAGAGGGAGGGGAAGAGAAGAGAAUUCGGAUACACGGGAAGGACUAAAGUAGAAACAAAGAAACACUGCAGGUGUGUGGCGUUCUGAACGUCAUUAGUGAAGGACGGGCAGACCAUGUGUCCACAGUGAGGUCCCAGCAGCUGAACUUGCAUUCGGCUCCGGGUUAGUCUACAUCACUCUCUGGCUGAUUUUGUAACGGCAUAAGUGCUGACCGAGCCAUGGCCCUCCUCACCAACGGCGCGCAGCAUCUGGGCUCCUACUACUGCCUGAUCCGACGCAGGUUCAAGAGGAGGCGCAAGAAACGCUCUGAACGCAAAGGUGCAGUGGGGGCGAGGCUGCUCUCAGGUCAGAACAAACCCGCGGCCAUGGAUGUGGACGAGGAGGAGAAUAUGAGUUCGAGCAGCACCGAUGUUAAGGAAAACCGAAACCUGGACAAUGUGUCCUGCAAAGACGGGAUGGGAGUGGCUGAACAGCUCCCCAAUGGAAGCGGCCUAGGCAGUCGAAAGCGCCCCUUAGAAGAGGGCAGCAAUGGGCACACGCACUCCAAGUUCCGUGCCAAGAAGCGCAAGAAAACGCCGGGUCCGGUCCUGCCCAAGAACGCUCUGAUGCAGCUGAACGAAAUCAAACCGGGUCUACAGUACAAACUGCUGUCUCAGACGGGACCAGUCCAUGCACCAGUUUUUGUCAUGACUGUGGAGGUCAAUGGACAGAUGUUCGAGGGCAUGGGCCCGACUAAGAAGAAGGCGAAGCUAAAUGCGGCAGAGAAAGCGCUGCGUUCCUUCGUCCAGUUCCCCAAUGCCUCUGAGGCGCACCUGGCCAUGGGUCGAACGCUGACGGUGAACACGGACUUUACAUCCGACCAAGCCGACUUCCCAGACAUGCUCUUCAACGGCUUCGAGACCCCAGCCGCACCUGAAGAAUCCUUCUAUCUAGGCUCCAAUGGUAGCAACUCCUUAAACUCACUCGGGGAGUACCCGCUGCCCACGCCGCCCGGCAGCAACCUCGCCCAGGCCCCGUUGCCCCCUCCGUCGACAUUCAGCUCGCCCUCCAGUGGCAAAAACCCAGUCAUGAUCCUCAAUGAGCUCAGGCCAGGCCACAAAUAUGACUUUGUCUCAGAGAGUGGCGAGAGCCAUGCAAAGAAUUUUGUGAUGUCAGUAACGGUGGAUGCACAGACGUUUGAAGGCUCAGGGCGCAACAAGAAGCUGGCUAAAGCCCGGGCAGCGCAGGCGGCGCUCUCGGCUCUCUUCAACAUGCAGCUAGACCAGACACCAUCCCGGCAACCCAUACCAAGAGAGGGAUUGCAGCUUCACCUACCCCAGGUUCUGGCUGAUGCAGUGUCUCGCCUGGUGGUGGAUAAGUUCAGUGAGCUGACAGAAAACUUCACCUCCCCCCAUGCGCGACGGAAAGUGCUUGCAGGAGUGGUCAUGACAACAGGGAUAGAUGUGAAGGAGGCACAGGUAAUUUGUGUCUCCACGGGAACCAAAUGCAUCAACGGGGAGUACAUGAGUGACCGCGGCCUGGCACUCAACGACUGCCACGCUGAGAUAAUCGCCCGCCGCUCGCUCAUCAGGUACCUCUACGGCCAGCUGGAGUUCUUCCUCAGCAAGGAGGACCAGCAUAAGUCGAUAUUCGUGCCGUGUGACAAGGGGGGCUACAGGUUAAAGGACAACGUUCAGUUCCACCUCUAUAUCAGCACCUCGCCCUGCGGAGACGCCCGGAUCUUCUCCCCACACGAGGCCGGAGUUGAAGACCAAGGAGACAGACAUCCCAACCGGAAAGCACGGGGCCAGUUAAGGACCAAAAUUGAGUCGGGGGAAGGAACCAUCCCUGUGAGGUCCAGCAACACCAUCCAGACCUGGGACGGGGUGCUGCAGGGGGAGAGGUUACUCACCAUGUCCUGCAGUGACAAGAUCGCAAGGUGGAACGUGGUGGGCAUCCAGGGCUCUUUGAUGAGCUACUUCACAGAGCCAAUCUACUUCUCCAGCAUCAUCCUUGGCAGCCUUUACCACGGCGACCACCUCUCCAGGGCCAUGUACCAGCGCAUCGCAGAAAUCGAGGACCUGCCCCAGCAGUUCGCUCUCAACAGGCCUCUGCUCAGUGGUAUAAGUAAUGCAGAGGCCAGGCAGCCGGGCAAGGCACCCAACUUCAGCGUGAACUGGACGGUGGGGGAUCUGGCCCUGGAGGUGAUCAAUGCGACCACAGGCAAGGACGACAUGGGCCGCGCUUCACGUCUCUGCAAGCACACCCUAUACAGCCGCUGGCUGCGCCUACACACCAAGCUGUCAUCCAUCUUGUGGAUCAAGGUGGUGAAGCCCGCCUCCUACCACGAUGCCAAGCAGGUGGCCACAGAGUACCACUCUGCCAAGCUGGCACUCAUCAAGGCCUUCCACAAGGCCGGCCUGGGGGCCUGGGUGAAAAAGCCCAGUGAGCAAGACCAGUUCACCCUAUGCUCCUGAGGGAGCCUAGGGACCAAGGGAUUCCUAAACACCUCCCCCGCCCCACUCGCCCCCCACCUCCCCAACACACACACACACACUCCUUCCCUCCCUGACCCAGGCCUGAAAGCAAGAGAGCCCCCCCCCCCCUACCUAUUUAGAACCAGCCCACAGAGACACUUACCUCCGUCCCAUGUGUCAGCACGUGCUGCACUGUGGAAAUAGACGUGCGUAGUUUCACAAACCAUCCAUAGCCCGUCAUUAUCAUUCCUCAGAGGACCUCGGCCUCGCCAUGUCUUUUCUCAUCAUUUUGAUUUUUGUCCUUUUUUUUGUUUUGUUUUGAUUUUAAUGGACGCAGUUUUUUUUAUUUUCCAUCUGCUUGUUUUCUGUUUUAAAACUGGAUUCCAUGCUUUUAUGCCAUAGAUGUCGAAGUUGAAAUUAUGCAGUUUUUUAAUCUAUUUUCUGGAUUGUGUGUAGCCAGUUUUAGGGUGAAAUGUAGCCUAGAAACACAGGAAGAAAAAAAAAAGUAUGGACCUGAAGAAAAAAAAAAAAAAAAGAAUGACUAUGAUGAAGUUAUUUUAAAGAUGCGUACAUUUUCAGGAUGUAAAUCUACUGCUGAAGAGAAAGAGAACAUCCGAUAGUUCUAUAACAUUUUAAUGUGUCAUUUGGUCCGCUCCUUAGAUGAGACUGUGUUCUUAGUCCCUGUAUUAAAGAUGAAAAUGUUCCAAAACAGUGUGGCCCUGUUUGACUCACUGACUGCUAAGAAUAACACAGGCCAGGUGUCACAGCAGCUAAAGCACUUUUCUUCAGUUUUUAUGUCUCGUUCAUUAAUCCGCGGACAUGAUCUGUAAGUUAUUUUUUAUGUCACUCUCAUUUCAUACUUGAACAGUGAGGGGCGGGGGAGGGGGUCGUGUUGAGAGCAUUGCAGCACCCCCCCAGACCCGCCUCCUCCUCCUCCCCUCGCCUGGGUCUCUGGACAAGCUUUGGGAGGUGCUGCACGUUGUAUUUUUUUCCCUUGAUCCAAGCCAUGGCUUUGCAUGGGAACUGAACUGGGAGGCCUACAGAGCAGAAGAAAAAAAUAAACCACGUGGUGGAGAGCCCCGUGCGCCCAUCACUGAAUGGUUUUGAAUGAUUGCCAGCAUCUUCCUCCACAGGCAGCUUUGAAUCUUUGUCUCUAUUUUCUAAAUUUAUUGUGUUUGUUUGUUUGAGGGGGGGAGGGGACUGUUUGUUUUUCUUAAGAUUGGGCAUUUUGAGGAUUUGGGAUGUUACUGCAGUGAAACUAGUGAUAAGCAGACCUCUUAAGAUCGGGUAACUGUCACCCUGUGGUUGAACUAAUAAUGGAAGGCCGCAGUGCCUCAUACAGUGUGUGAAGUCACAUUCACGUCAUGCCAGUCUGUCGUGAGAGUCGGCAAUGCCAACGUGUUGUAAUCCCUCAGCAUAAUUCUGUUUGUAAACACAGAGGGGGGCUCACGAGCGGACUCGCACAUUGUUAUGCUAAUGUCUCUGCUAACACCCCCUGCCAGUGGGAUACAACCAAAAUGUGACACGGUGUGAUGUCAUUUCCACGUCUUCUACAUCUCCAGCAAACACCUCCGUGGUCUCACCUUUGCACCCCGAGCGCAUAGAUGUUCGGAGUGUUUUCCAAUUUGUAAAUGACGACAUAUUUACCAAGUAACUGCAGUCAAUUCCUAUUCCCAGCUGUGUGUGUGUGUGCAAUCUGCAGUAUGCGUGUGCUCAGAUGUCUUUAAGCAUACUCUGUGGAAUCUCCACCAAAGAUGAUGUCCAUGUGUUUCUGCCCCACUAUUCUAGCUUCCUUCUUUGUUUUUAUUCAUUUGUUUUUCUUUAAACCAACCCUUUACUGUUUGUUUUUUGUAUAUCCACUGAAAACUGUACUUUUGAUUGCUACAGAAACUGUUUAUGCCGUUCAAUAUGGGGGAAGUUUCCAAUGUCCGUUCUUCAGUGCAUCUGUAGCCGUCCAUGGCCACGUGUAUAUUGUGACCGGCGAUCACUAUUGCUGCAGUAUAGCAGUUCUCUGUAUAUAAGGAACAACGGUAAAACCUGUUACCUGUACAAUCAGUUCAUCCCAUCCUAGAAAGCUGUUCUAGUGGUUCUCCGUGAGUCACUGGGCACCAUAAAGCAUGGCACCUACACUGCCGGGGUUUUAACAGGCUUCAUCCCCAUUGUAGCCACCGAUGUUUGAAAUAACAAAAAAAAAAAGAAGAAAUAUGCACUGUAAGGUGCCUCAGCUAAAAGUGGCAUCCACAAGCUGGCACGUGUGAUGUCAUAUAUGUAACUUUUCUUUUCUUUUUUACUUCUGAUUGUUUUAUGAGUCUGUAUUAGAAAAGCAGGAAAGGAGAACCUAGAAGAUAGAAACUCUGAAAUCUGGAUCACAGAAAACAGUGAAAUCCAGAGGGCCCCCCAACAAAUAGACCCAGACCAAAGUCACAAGCAAUACUCCUGAUGUCUCCUUUAAUGUCACCCCAUCACAAACAGGAGUCUGCCCCCCCCAAAUCUUUGUUCUAUUCUCUCUCUGCCAAGCUGUCUGAGUUUUUAUUUUUUAUUUUUUUUGUAUAAGCCCCCUAACAACUGCCUGCUUCUAAAGUUGUUGUUUUUUUUCCGUUUGACUGCACUAAAGAUGUCAACUGAUGUCAUGAUAAAAAACCAUCUCCGUUUAUGGAUCGGAUGGCGACUAUCACAGCAAGAACUGAACUGCUUCCGCUUAACCCUUUGUGAAUCCUCGAUGAUGGUCAGUGCCCCCCCGCCCCCUCCCCACCCUCCUCCUGCAGCUGUGCCUGCAGUGAAAUUUUUUUAUUUUAUUUUUUAUUGUUUGUGGCGACUCCAGAGUGGUCAGCGCCCGUCCACUCGGGGCGGGUUUUUCAGAGCCACCGUGUCCCACGUUCUCCCUCUCUCCAGUUGUCCGAUGUGUGAAAACCUCCACCGACAAAAUCCACAACCCUGCAUGUACUACCAACACCGAAGCUGCACCUAGCAUGAAGACAAACUUUUAAAGGACUCGAGUAGAAAAAAAACCAAAAAAAAAAAAACCUCUAAACAUAGAUCUAUAAAAUGAACUAAAAAAAGAAUAAAAGAGUUCCUAGUUUACUUUU